UCACAAACUCUCAGUCUCUCCAUCCAUCCUCAUCUCUCUCUCCAGCAGCACUUUGCUUUUUUGAAAAACACACACAACUGGCAUUAUAAUCUGUUUUUCUUUCUCUCCUCCGUUGGAAGGUGCUCAGGUGCAUCUCACGGUUCUUACUCGCUCUCCGCUUAGUUGAUUAUGGUCACAACCUCCGCGGUGCCAAGGUGGAGUCGCCGCGCGUAUCUCGGAUCGGUGCGCUCCUCCAGGGGCUGGGAUGCGCACCGGGAACCUCUCGCUUCCUGCCUAGUUUCGGGUCUGAGCAGGACUCCAGCGCUGGGGCUCCAGGGCGCCGGGGCAGGAGGACCCAGUCCACCCGGAGCAGGAUGCCGGUGAUGAGAGGGCUGCUGGCCCCGCAGAACACCUUCCUGGACACCAUCGCCACCCGCUUCGAUGGCACCCACAGCAACUUUGUUCUGGGGAACGCCCAGGUGCAGUCGCUCUACCCCAUCGUCUACUGCUCCGAUGGCUUCUGUGAGCUCACCGGGUACGCCCGCGCCGAGCUCAUGCAGAAGAGCUGCGCUUGUCACUUCCUGUACGGCCCGGAGACGAGCGACCGGUUAACGGCACAGAUCCAAGGGGCCCUGGAUGAGAGGAAGGAGUUCAAGACCGAGUUGGUCUUCUACAAGAAGGAAGGUGCACAGUUCUGGUGUCUUCUGGACAUCGUCCCCAUUAAGAAUGAAAAGGGUGAGGUGGUGCUGUUCCUCGUGUCCCACAAAGACAUCACUGACAAGAAGAAGGACCAGGAUUCUGAGCAUGGACCUGACACGGACGAGGAGACGGGUCUGGAGGUGCAUCAGGUAACUCGCCCUCCAGGCUUCAACUCCAACCGCCGCCGCAGCAGAGCUGUCCUCUAUCACCUGUCAGGACACCUGCAGAAACAAGACAAGAGCAAACUGAAGCUCAACAAUAACAUGUUUGGGGACAAGCCUCCGAUCCCGGAGUACAAGGUAGCAGCCAUCCAGAAAUCCCGCUUCAUCCUGCUCCAUUACGGUACCUUCAAGGCCGGCUGGGAUUGGUUGAUCCUGCUGGCGACCUUCUACGUGGCCGUCACCGUGCCCUACAACGUGUGUUUCACCGUGGUGGGAGUGCGGGACGAAGGGAGCAGCACCGCCCCACGAAGCCCGCCCAGCGUCAGCGACAUCCUUGUAGAGAUCCUGUUUAUUUUAGACAUACUGCUGAACUUUCGAACUACUUUUGUGAGCACGUCGGGUCAGGUCGUGUACGACGCCCGCUCCAUCUGCGUUCACUACGUCACCACCUGGCUCUUUGUCGAUCUCAUUGCCGCCCUGCCCUUUGACCUGCUGUAUGCUUUCAACGUCAGCGUGUACUUUGGCGUCCACCUGCUGAAGACGGUCCGGCUGCUUCGGUUGCUGCGGCUGCUGCAGAAGCUGGAGCGAUACUCCCAGUACAGCGCUGUGGUUCUCACGCUGCUGAUGUCCAUGUUCGCCCUGCUGGCCCACUGGAUGGCCUGCGUCUGGUACUUCAUAGGUCGCAAGGAGAUCGAAAGUCCUAGCUCCUGGGAUAUCGGUUGGCUCCAUGAGCUGGCCAAGCGUCUGGGGACCCCCUACUUCCUGCCCCCCCUCACAUCGCUGGUCCCCGCCACAGUCAGCAGCCUCCCGGCAAACAGCAGCCAGUGGAACGUGUCGGGGUCAGAGGUCGGAGGGCAGAGCUCCUGGAACUCCAGCCAGUAUUACGGAAACACGUCCGGAGGCGAGGUCCAGUCGGCGGCGGGCACCGAGGGCGGGAGUCUUUUGUUGCUGGGCGGCGGCCCGACGAUGCGUAGCAGCUACGUGACGUCUCUCUACUUCGCUCUGAGCAGUCUCACCAGCGUGGGAUUCGGAAACGUGUCGGCCAACACGGACUCAGAGAAGAUCUUCUCCAUCUGCACCAUGCUCAUAGGAGCGCUGAUGCACGCAGUGGUGUUUGGUAACGUGACUGCCAUCAUCCAGAGGAUGUACUCGCGCCGCUCGCUCUACCACACCCGCACCAAGGACCUGAAGGACUUCAUCCGGGUCCACCGGCUGCCCAAGGCCCUGGAGCAGCGCAUGCUGGAGUGUUUCCAGACCACCUGGUCGGUCAACAACGGGAUAGACGUUAAUGAGCUACUGAAGGACUUCCCAGACGAGUUGAGGGCCGACAUCGCCAUGCACCUGAACAAGGAGCUGCUCCAGCUGCCCCUGUUCGAGUCGGCCAGCCGGGGCUGCCUGCGCUCCCUCUCCCUCAUUAUCAAGACCUCCUUCUGCGCUCCGGGCGAGUUCCUCAUCCGGCAGGGAGACGCCCUACAGGCAAUCUACUUCGUCUGCUCGGGCUCCAUGGAGGUCCUGAAGGACAACACAGUGCUGGCUAUACUGGGUAAAGGAGAUCUGAUUGGCUCGGACUACCUGACGAAGGAGCAGGUGAUUAAGACCAACGCCAACGUCAAGGCCCUGACCUACUGCGACCUGCAGUACAUCAGCCUGAAGGGCCUCCGCGAGGUCCUCCGGCUCUACCCCGAGUACGCCCAGAAGUUCAUCAGCGAGAUCCAGCACGACCUCACGUACAACCUGCGAGAGGGCCACGGGGCUGAUGUGGACUGGGAAAGCAACGGCGGCUUGGUGAAGAAGCUGCCGUCGAUCCGCGAGGACGAGGAGGGCGACGAGGAGCAGAACUCGGUGUGCCGAGCUCCUCGCUCCCCGCUGCGUCUCAGCAGGGGGCUCAACUCGCCGCUGCGCUCCCCUCUCCUGCCGCCCAGGCCCUUCAGAGCCCCCUCCGAGCACUGCCGCCCCGCCACCCUGCAGAUACCGGUGGUCAGCUUCAGCAGCGCGCCGCCUGAACUCAGCCCCAGAUUCGUGGACGGCAUUGAAACAGAGAGCAACUCCACCUCAUCACAGAAGUUUGAGUUCAGUCCCAGCAUGUCGCCGACAGGACCGCCCUCCCCUUUCGCAGGGUUCCGGGAGCACUCUGAGAUCAAGCAGAGUGUGUCUAAACUGACUGAGGAGAUGACCAGUCUCUCUAAACAAGUCUCCAUGCUCAGUCAGGAGCUGCAGGAAAUGACACGCCUGCUUAGGCCCAUCCUCCUAACAGUGCCGCCGCCAAUCCUGAUGAUGCCAAAUUUCACCCCGCCUCCUAGCAGCGCCAGCCAGCAGUCAACGAGCACCUGUCCGGUGCCGCCGCCCUCCGCCACGCCGUGUUCCCUCCAGAGACCUGACACUCAUUCCCUACAUGACGUCUUCUAAGAGCUGUGAGGAUACAUGCAUCCUCUUAUCUCUGGUGGUGUGUACUCAUGCCUGUUAAUUCGUAACCGGGCAGGUCAGAGUGAGCACUCUGGAACGACAUUUCCCAUUGGGAUUAUAAG